AGCGGAACUGUAGUCUAUGGUGCCAACAGGACUAUAAAUUUGCAAGGGGCUAGAUUUCAAUCCCUUUUCUGUCUAACAUGACAAUGAAGGACAGUCGUGUUUAUUUGUCGUCUGGAAAUCCUGGGAAUGAAUUCCAACUAUUGAAGGAAAAUCAAUUGAAGUCUCUUGAACUCUAUACAAUGUUUUGAAGGGAAGCCUAACUGAAAUAUUACUUUACAACUCCUUUGAAGACAAAGCAUUGGAUUGCUUUGACAGGAUUUGAUGGCUUUAUUUAAAGGAUUGUUCCUGUCUGGACUUGAAUGGGGGUAUAUAGACUUAUGCAUCCUGCAGGUGACUCCCUAAACUCCAGGCCAGACCAGAUGCAAGGACUACUUGCCAACUACGGAAUGCUUCAACUAUGCAAGGAAUAAUGUAGAUGAGACUGGAGAUGCUUAGGCUGUUUUGAUGGCUUAUUUGGAGUCGAUGCAAGAGAAACCUGACUACGAAAUAUUACUUUACAACGCCAUUGAAGACAAAGCAUUGAGUUGCUUCGACGGGACUUGAUGGCUUGAUUUAAAGGACAACUUGCCAGCUAUGAUUAAGACAAAGGGGUGGCAGGUAGCCUAGUGGUUAAAGCGUUGGACUAGUAACCGAAAGGUUGCCAGAUCGAAUCCCUGAGCUGACAAGGUUUGUUCCUGUCUGGAUUUGAAUGGGGGUAUAGACUGCUGCAUCCUGCAGGUGAUUGACAACGCCAGGCCACUUGGCUUGACCGCCACUGGCAGGGUUCAGUGAUGUGUGGAUCAAUGGGCAAUCCCUGUGGUUACAUCUGUGGAGUUGGCAUAUUCAGGGUGAUGAAAUAUUUUAUGACUGGGUUGAAUGAUUAAUAAAACACAAUCAUGCCUCCUAAUUCUUGAGCAAAUCAGACAGGCUGUGAUUAUUUGGUAUUUUGGUCGGGUGCAGUUGAAUAUAAAUCCCCAGUCAGGGUUUAUUACUAAUUGUGGGUGAACAAAUAGCUGACCUGCACUAGUUCAUAUGACCCCAACUGUUCUAUCCUGAGGAGUCGAGCAUUGCAUAAUCCUGACAUGUCAGUGUUUCUGAACAAAUGUACCACAAUGAUAUGAUUGUAUUACCUCAAUUGUGGGCCCAACUGCAUGAAAUUGAUUUUCAAAUGGUGCAAAAUAAAAUUAUCCUUAAAUGAGUCAUGUCAUAAAUCCAUAACUGUUGGUUUAACUUUGUUUAUUAAAGACAAUGGCACAACAGACUUGACUCAAAUUGUGGUUACCCCAAAUGAACCCAUGUACAAUAAAUUCGUUGGUGGCGCUGCAGAAUGGUGUAAGUGUUUAAAGGUCAUAUUUUGGGAGAAUGUUUGGCAACCCGGGCCUUUGAGUGCCGAUAAUACUUUGCUGGAUGUCUAAUUGGACGGUUGAUUUGAAAAUGGCAGUGAAUGGUUUACAACAAUCUUAACGGUUUUGAGGGAAGAUGACAUUGUGCAAAGUAAUUUACUGCAUGAAUGUUAUGAACCAACCCGAUGGGGGCGCCGGUGAGGAGCAGCGCUCGAGCCGGUCCAGGAUUGGCCAAUGGUAUGCCACAGCUGUUCCUGGAAAAACUCGUGUAUGUUCCUCAUGGCGAAAGGGAUUCAGAAGGGCACACCAGGAGUGAAGAGCAGUGCGCCUCAAAACUGAACUUUUGCUUUUUGAGAGGAGUGGCGUUUAACCCUUUUUGAGGUACUACUUGGGCAGGUAGUCAUUGAUAAAUAAUUUCAAGCGUGGAGGAUAACCAUACCGAUAAAACUGAUUGUACAAUAGAUUGGAUUAUUACUUCUGACUUGACAGUGAACCAAUUGUUUACAUCAGUUCAGUGGAAAGCAUCUGGCUGGCAGAGGAGACCCAACAUAACCGAAUUAAACCGCAGUUGCUGAAAAUGUUCUCUAAGGAUGGAUGCCUGGCUGUGUGUACAGUGAUAUUUAUUCUGCUGUCAUCAAGUGAGGCUAGAGGUCCACCGUGGGUGAGUCGUCAGGUGGAGGAGCGUCAGACGGCCAGGCUGGGGCGGACGGUGCGGCUUGCGUGCCCCGUAGAGGGUGACCCUCCUCCCCUGGUGCUGUGGGUGAAGGAUGGGCGUAACGUCCACCCGGGCUGGAGCCGCUACCGGGUGCUGAAAAAGAGCCUGAAGAUCAAAGAGGUGGAGCUGGGGGACGCGGGGGUUUACAUGUGCCGCGUCACCAACGGCUUCGGAAGUAUCACUCUCAACUACACCCUCAUCGUCAUGGAUGACACAGCAGCGAGCCAGACAGACACUCCACCUGCCGUAAUGGAACCCAAUGCUGAGCUCACCCAGCUUGACCCUACAGGAGAGCCCUGGGUGAAGCCUCGGUUUAGUCAGCCCACUAAGAUGCGCAGGCGGGUGCUGUACAAGCCGGUGGGCAGCUCAGUGAGGUUCAAGUGCCAGGCCAGCGGCACCCCUCCCCCCGUCAUCACCUGGUGGAAGGACCAGACCCCGCUGCCACCCCCGCGCCAGGGCAAGCGCCCCCAGUGGACCCUCACCCUAAAGAACCUGCAGCCCCAGGACAGUGCCAAGUACACCUGCCAUGUCUCCAACCCAGCCGGGCACAUCAACGCCACCUACAAGCUGGAUGUCAUCGAGCGCUCUCAUUGCAAGCCUGUUCUGACCGGCACCCACCCGGUCAACACCACUGUGGAGUAUGGUGGCACCGCCUCCUUCCAGUGUAAGGUCCACAGUGACGUGAAGCCUGUGGUCCAGUGGCUGAAGAGGGUUGACCCAGGCACAGAGGACCGCUAUAACUCCACCCUGGAAGUCGGAGGGCAGCAUUUUGUGGUUCUGCCCACGGGGGACGUGUGGUCCCGGCCUGACGGCUCCUACCUCAACAAGCUGGCUAUCAUCAAGGCCCGUGAUGGGGAUGCUGGGAUGUACAUUUGCCUGGGAGCUAACACAAUGGGUUACAGCUUCCGCAGUGCUUACCUCACUGUGCUGCCAGACCCUCAGGUGGAGAACACAGUGACUCCUCCACACCUGAGCUCCGGCCUGCCCUGGCCUCUGAUUAUCGGCAUCCCUGCAGCAGCCCUCCUCAUCGUAGGCACCAUUGUACUCUGGCUGUGCCACAGCCGCCGACGCCACAACACCUUGCCACCCCGCCCCAUGACCAUGGUCCACCGAGACCAACACAUCUCGGACAAAGAGCCCAGCACCAACACCCCCUGUAAUGCCCUGAAUAGCCCUGACUACCCCAGCCAUAGACUGGUGGGCCUGGGGGCCCCAGUCCUUAGUGGGCCCCCUAAGAUUUACUCCAACGUUUACACAGACAUGCACUCGCACACACACUCCCACGCCCAUAUGGAUGGUAAGGUCCAUCAACACCAGCAUUUCCACUACCAGUGCUAACCAGCCCCCUGUCAUCCCACCCCACACCUACGGCCUUGUCUCCUAGCCACUGCUGCUAUUCUCACCCAACAAUGGACUAUGAGCAAGGUAGAUGGAAACUAGGAAAGGCUUGUAGUUCAUAUGAACUACACCUCCCAUGAUAAGCAGUGCUAAAACCCUUACCUGGGAUACACAUAUUACUAAGCUGCCUGCUUUGUAGGAAUACCGCUUCAUUGAGAAGUCUCAGGGCAAGAAAUACCCUCUCACAUGUGUGCCAGAGUCAUUUCUUUAUUAUGUGUUUUUUAUACUAGACAACCAAGAGCAAACUCUAAUUGUAUUUUAAAGGAUGAAAAUUACUUACAAACAAUAUUUAGAUGUCUUUGGAUACAUGUAGCCCUGGAUAAAUCAUUAAUUAGUUAAUAUGAGAUAUUACCAGGUUUAGGUUCAAUUUAGGUCAACUGAAAUGUGAUUAAAGGUAUUCCAAUUUACACAACAUUUCUAAUAGAAUUAACCCCAACUCUGGAAUGUACAAUUGUAUUUUUUUUUUAACACUCAUCUAAACAUGUACCGGUAUCCAAACUCCCAAAGCAUUAAGUAAUAUAAGGAACUUUUAAGUUUGUGUAAAUUGGAAAAUGUAACUGUGACAAUUUAAAAUCUAGACAAAAUGUUUACAAAUGUGAAAGCUUUUCUAUUCUCAUUAUAGCAACACAAACUACGCUGUUCUCUGUUCUGAUUAGGUGGUAUUAUAUUUGUUUCAUGUAGGGAAGUACAAUUCAUCAGGGAAAUUAGAUGGAUUUGGUGAUGAGGGCUUUUUUAUUUUUGUAUUCAGAUAUUGUAUAUGUAUCCAACUUAAAAAAAACAGUAUUAUUAGUAGUAUUAUUCACCCUAUAUGUGUAAGAUGCCAAAUUAUUUUACAGCGCUAUAGAUGUGUAUUUUACUUACAUUUCUUGUGAGGUAUAUUUUUAUAUAAGGUACAUGAGGAUGAAUAUUGUACCUGUGUCUAUUGGUUUUUAAAACUCACCAAAAAGCUAUUUAGUUGUUUUUACUUUAUUCUUCUAUUUUGGUAACAACCAUUAUUCCAGAUUGGAUUGACCUAUGGGUCAUUUAGUGAAAAAUGACAAGUGUUGAUUGUAUUGUUAAGUUGAAUUACAACUUUAUGCUGACCUAGUUGUCUCAUAUUUGAUUAAGAAUCUGACCAUAUGAUGUAUACUGUAUAUAAGAUAAUGAUUACAACGAAAAUGUAACAGUCAUUCCCCCUCAUGAUGUCAUAGGUCUAGUCCCCAAGUGGUUUCGAAUUGCCAUGUUAAUCUUAUGCAAUUCCUCUGUGAAACAUUGCAUGCUGCAACUCACCUCUGGUGCUCAUGUACAUUUAGUACUGUACAAUAAUAUUUUUGUAAUAAAAUGUUUUUUUUUUUAACUGUUUUCUGUUUCGUGUAAUGUUUGUGAAAUGCAUUUCAAUUAAAAUGUUUUAUUUUUUUUACUUGUGAAAUGUUUCUCUCUCUCAGAAAACAAAAUGCUCACAAAACAUUAUUUUAAGAGGAUUAUCAGAGUAACAAAUUGCAUCAAAAUAUCUAUUUACCAUGAAAACGUCAGGGAGUUCAGUUGUUUCUUACCAUGUAAAAUACUCCAAGUUGUGUUGAGAAUGUGUUUUAUGCCAUCUAGUGGCAUUUUAGCGCCAUAGCUUCAUUCUUAGAAAAGACGUGUUGUUGAACAACAAUUUCUGUGUAAUGAUUUCUCAACAACAUUUUGUGUCAGUUCCUGCAAUGAAUUUGUUAAACGCUGAAAACGUCCGUUCUUCUGUAUCUCAGGUCCAAAAUUGUCUGAGUUGGUCAAUCUGGACUGCAUAUCUGACUGGCUGACAUCUAAUAAAUAACUUGUUUGAGAUGUUUC